GCAGUCAUUGCUGUGCCUCUUGCUAUGCAUUUCUUGCUUCCAUAUUCACUUUUAUGAGGACCAUGUCAAUGGUACUCAAAAGUGAAAAAAGAGAAUUUCAUGAAAAAGCCAAGAUUUUAAUGGCACAAAGAAGAGACCCUCUUGGAGAAAUGGUCAGCAAUGUCUAGUACAAGCUGUUGGGGUGCUUGGUAUUUCAUAGAGCAUUCUGUGCAGCAUAGUUCAUUGUUGUUCACUGGCCUUGGAAGAGGUUAGUCUAGCAGAAUGGUCUGUUUACUUUUUUCAGAUUUUAUUGACAUCUUCAUGCUUUAAUUAUACCCUUUUCUGAGGUGCACUUUCUGUGUUUGAUUCAAUGCCUCUGCUGUUCAGAAUUUAUUCCUGUGUACUGCUAGGCCAUUAAAUGACUGUACUAAGAAAGUUUAUCAGCGUUUGCAUUCACAGUUCAUGUUGACAAAAGAACAGCAGAGCAGGAGGAGCAUAUAGAGUAGAGUAGAGAUUAUUGAAGCAUUUUAAUUACUCUCCGGAAUCAUAAAAUCAUGUUCAUAAGAUGCCAUAAUUCUUCAUGGCAAAGUGGAGCUGCUGGUUUGGAUGUGGCAAGAAGCACUCAACUUGUGAGUCAAAGCCCAAAAAUUCAAAGAGAUGGAGUUGUGGUCUUGGGGGGGUCAAGCAGAAACAGCAUCCCACACUUACAGGACCAAACAGAACGCUUAGUGAAGCGAGAGAAGAACAGAGAAAGCACGCAAUGACAGUGGCUGUUGCAACAGCAGCAGCUGCUGAGGCUGCAGUUGCUGCUGCUCAUGCUGCUGCUGAGGUUGUCAGGCUCACAGGUGCUUCCCGCUCCUACUCAUAUCUCUCCAAGGGAAACCGAAACUUGGCCGCUACUAAAAUUCAAAGUGCAUACCGUGGACAUCUGGCCAGGAAAGCAUUCAGAGCACUGAAGGGAAUUAUCAGACUGCAAGCUAUAGCUCGCGGUCGGGCUGUGAGACGUCAAAUGGGUUUGCUUUCCAACGGAAGAAAGCAGGUAGGAAUCCAGAAAAUCAGCAGCCAUGCAGCAGAAGGAAUCAACAAAAAAGAAAAGAGCAAGCUGCUUCUUAAGAAGAAAACGAAGUUGGAAGAUACGGACAUGAAACCUGAAUGCCAUAGUCAAAGAAUUUGGGAUUGCAGCUUACACUCAAAAGAAGACGUUGAAGCUAUAUGGUUGAAAAAGCAAGAGGCUAUUAUUAAAAGACAACGCAUGAAGCAGUACUCUUUCUCACAUCGGGAAAGAAAAUUUUGCCACGUUGGGGUUGAAUCUGUUCCCCAUAUGGAAUUUAGAGGGGAGAGCUGCCGUACUCUAGGACAAUGGCUGGACAGAGAAAAAUGUAAUGGAGAUGUGUUUUAUAAAACAGCAAUUCCUUCAAACUUGAUCGCGAGGGAAUGGUACGAUACAACACAAGUAGCAGAGAAGAAUGUGAAAAUAGAAGAACACUUGCAAGAAGACGAAUUGAGUACAGUCACUUCACAGCUUUCAUUUCCCAGGAGGUCAUAUUCUUGGGUGAAGAAAAUUUCAGUUGCAGAUGAAAGUUCCAUGCAAAGUUCCCCAGUUUUUCCAACAUUUAUGGGCGUGACAGAACGUGUGAGAGCAAAAGCAAGGUCCAUGAGCACUCCGAGGCAAAGAGCAGGAUUUCUGGAUUUAUGCUCCGAUCAGACAGAUUGUAAGAGUGACGGCAGAACUUUUAGGUCUUCUUGUCAUGAAGCAUCUACAAGCGCCAAUGAAGAAAAUGAAAUUUCUCAGCAGAGAUGUCAGGGUGUCAAGUACCGCUUGUAUCGUUAGAAGCUGGUCCGAUGCAUGUAAUGGCGAGGAAUUGGAGGGUGAAUGGCAAACUUGCUCGGUUUAUUUUAUGGUGCCCAAGACGGAGACACGCACCGUUGAAUCUCUGGCUUCGCGCUUUGCAAGUACAUACAUGUCAAGUGCUUUUUGCCCGCCCAUUAUGUGUCAUUGAAUAUUUCUUUUCCUCCUAGUUCGGUAAGGAGAUUUUUUCUCUCCUUCUCUCUCUCUAGAAGAGAGAUAGACUUAUCUAUCAUUGGGUCAACUAUAUUUUGGGCCCAUAUAUUUUAUCUGCAGUGAAAAAUUAAUCUUGUUUUAACUUUAAAAUUAAAAUAUAGUUUAUUUCAUGAUAUAA